AACAGAAUAGAUUUUCUCUCUUUGUCUCUUUGCGCAUGUGCAUGUGCCGUUCCGAAAUUCUUGAUAAAAUUACUAUUGCUUGUAUUGCACUGAAUUACUCCACUACCGAACUUGCGAGGAACGUUUUCUCAAUGGCCCACAAUGAAUGAGAAUUUGGAAAAUAUCAAUCCAAAGCUAUACAAAAGAUUGAAUGACAGAGAAAUCACAGCCGAAGAGCAAGAUGAAGACGUUGCAGAUGGAUUUGAUGCAAGAGAGAUUUUCGAUAUCAUCAGAAACAUUAAUGAUCCAGAACAUCCUUUGACUCUGGAAGAACUAAAUGUAGUAGAACAGAGCCUCAUCGAGGUGGAUGAUAAAGGAAACAAAGUGGAUGUAAAAUUUACACCCACAAUACCUCAUUGCAGCAUGGCUACUUUAAUUGGAUUAUCUAUCCGUGUACAAUUGCUGCGUGCUCUACCUGCUAGGUUUAAAGUCAGUGUGGAGAUUUCCCCUGGUACUCAUGUUUCGGAAGAAGCAGUGAACAAACAACUCGCGGAUAAGGAAAGAGUGGCUGCAGCUUUAGAAAAUUCUAUGUUACUUGAUGUGAUCAAUCAAUGCUUAGCCCCAAAGAAUUAACAUGCAUAAACUAUAAGAUUAUCAUUUUUACAACAUUCACAUGCUUAAAUGUCAUGUAUGCAUGUGUUUGUAUACACGUGUGUAAUCAGAAAAAGAGAGGAAAAGAAAGAGAUAGAAUAUAAGAUUUUAAUAAAAUUUUAAUAAGAUUUCAAUAAAAUUAAUAUAAUUUUAAUGUUAAAAUAAAA